UUUGAAAAACCAUUUCUGCAGCCCGUGUAUGAACCAUGCUGAACAGUGCGCGUGCGUGAAAUAUAUUUUCAGUAGUUAUUUGAUGUCGGAAGCUCGGUAUAAUGGUCAGUGUGAUUCUUUGACUUUUUAAGAUAAAUUACUGAAGUUUUAUUUCAAACGUGAGUUGAUUACCUAACAUGUCUCCCCCCAUUGAUGACGUGAUCAAACUGUGUUGUGAGCUGUCAGCAAAUCAGCAGAUAAAGACUACAGUGAAGCAUUCUGGGAAGGGAGCGAUGACUGCUGGAGGACUUGCCUUUGCUGGUGGAUUGGUCGGGGGUCCUCUUGGCAUCGCCGUAGGUGGUGCCGUUGGAGGACUUCUGGGAUGCUGGAUGACAAGCGGUCAGUUCAAACCAUUGCCUCAGGUCAUCAAUGAAAUGACCCCAGUGCAGCAAAAGAAGCUCUACGAGGACAUCAUGUCCAUCUUGGGCUCGAUCGAGUGGACUGAUGUAGCCCAGUUAAUAGCCUUAGUCACAGCAAAUGCCUCACUUCAGCAGCAAGUGACUGCUGCUUUACUGAGCUAUAUUCACAGAGAGCUUCAGGCUGAGGUUCAUUAUUUGGACUGAACCACACGAUCAAAGCACUUAUUUGGACAACAAAAUUAAUGAAUGAUGUAAAGAAAAUAAUGUGUUCUUUUAAGUGAAACCCAUUUAUUUAAUAGGUUUCUUUUUAAUUAUGUUCUACUAUCAUCAUUGAAGGAAUAAAUUGCACAGGACACAAUCAAUUUUUGACAUUAAGGAUGAAUAAACUGAUGAUGAUUUUGCUCACCAGAGCUCCUACACUACAUAUAUAAUGUUCAGACUAAUAUUGUAAUGUUGUGGUUUCUGAAGGAUAUUAUCAUUUAUUUCUUUGAGCUUUUACUCCCAUUUUCUUACAAUUUAAUCAUUUUCAGUUACUACUAAUUAAACACAAAGAUAGGAGGAUGCAAUUACACGUCCUCUUUACUUUAAAGUCACUGAAUGAUGACCAGUUGCCUAUUGUAUCCCCAGGGGUGACUCCUCAUACAUUUCAAAACAUAUAUUUAAUUUUGGGCAUUCAUUGCAUUAUUAGGUUUUUGACUGUUUGUUUUUUUUUUUUUUAAAUCUUAAUGCAACAGCGCCCUGAAUCCAUUCCCAGUAUUUUGGAUUCAAGAAGCCAAUUAUGAAGUGACUUUAAUUAAACUCUAAAUAUAUUAUACAUUAUACAUUUAUUAGGUUUUUAUUCUUAUCACAUGACUUCAUUUAUUUAUUUUUUUGAUUGUUAAAAUAAAGCCAUUUUAAUCAA